AUGGCGAAGGUUCAGCCCACCAGCUGGGGCGAUGAGGCACUCAAGAAGUGUAAGCACUGGGUUGUGUUGGAGCCUCUCGUCUACCUGAUGCCCAAAGCUGAUCCCAGACAGACUGCUAAGGACAAGCUUGGCCAAAAGGGUCAAGGUGAGAUUCUGGAGGGUGAUGGACUUUGUGUAGAAGGCGUUCGAUGGCUUCGUAUGAGGAAUGGAGAUGGGGAGGCAUGGGUCCUGAUUGAUGGCAAGGCAGUUGGUGCAGAUCGCUGUUUCUUAGAGCCUGUGCCGGGAUGA